ACAUGUCACUUCCGUUUAUGUACUUCCGGUGAGUUGUCAACUUGGAAAAAUGUGAAUAAAAUGACGAUUAUCUGAGAACACAUUCGCAAAAAUGGGUUUGUGUAAAUGCCCGAAGAAGAAGGUUACCAACCUUUUUUGUUUUGAACAUCGAGUAAACGUUUGUGAGCAUUGCUUAGUGGCGAACCACAAUAAGUGUAUAGUGCAGUCAUACUUACAAUGGCUACAGGAUAGUGAUUACAGUCCAGAUUGUUCACUCUGUUCCAGAAGUCUGUCCGAUAGUGCAUGUGGAGAGUGUGUUAGACUUGCAUGUUAUGAUGUGUUCCAUCUUGCCUGUCUUAACCGAUAUGCUCAGCAAUUACCAGCUAACACAGCACCUGCAGGUUACACGUGCCCCACGUGCAAGGCAGGCAUCUUCCCGCCCAGUAAUAUGGCCUCACCAGUAGCUGAUAUGCUCAGACAGAUGUUAUCCAAGGUGAACUGGGCAAGAGCUGGACUGGGUCUGCCUCUGAUUGAUGAACCAGAACCAGUGCCAGCCCGACCACCUUCACCCCCUAAAUCUGUCACGCCCACUCCAAAUGGAAAUGUUACCCCAGUACAAGAGUCUCUACAGGCACCAAGUUCCGCAGCAUUAACAAAUCUCAGCACGCUGGGAGCCAGCCCUGCUCCAAGCACUACCAGACCUAGCGCCCAGGUUAGCCCGUACACAACCUCCACCCCAAGUAGGCCACCAUUGGGACCACAAUCACAUAGUGUAAUUAGUGUGGAUUCAGGGACCACUGUACGGGGACAGGAAAAACUGCAAAGCAUGCAAGAUCCAAGAAAAUUGUUUGAUUCAACAAAAGAAGAUAUAUUCAGCAUGGCACCUGACCAUGAUGAUGACAAAUACAGGAGACGGCCAGCUAUGGACUGGCUUAAUAGAUGGCUUAGGUCUAGAGACACUAAUCCAAAGAGGGGACUUAAAAAAGAUCCAAUGACUGUACGCAAAAAGUUUCUUAUCGUGUUAUUGAUAGGAAUUAUAGGAUUUCUGACAAUGAUUGUGAUAUUUUCAAAACUGGGACGAAACGCUGCCGAUGACGACCCAUUCUUAGAUCCCAUGGCAAAUCCAAAUAUUCGGGUUCAUGAACCUGCAGAUGAUGACCCUUUCCUUGACUCUAUGGGAAACCAGAAACUGAAAGUACCAAUUCAGGAAAGGCCGAAAGAAUAAUCUAGGAUAAAGGAAUAUGCUAUUCUUUUUGGGGGAAAUUGAAAGUGUUGGCUGGCAUUAUGUGGCACAAUAAGGGCAGGAAUCUCCAAAGAGUUUAAGUGAGAAGAAGUUAUCUAUGUCUAUUACUUCUUGUGAAACAAGUUCCACUGUUGCUUUAUGUGUUAGAUGCUGGUAACAUGUUGUUGCACUACAUGAAUAGUUCUCAGAGAAGUGAUAUAUUAUAUACUUAUUGAAUGACUUGCGGGGCAAUAGUUUGACUAUUGUCUGAUGUCAGAAAUGAAUUUUCAGUUUUUUCUUCAAGUUUUAACUUCAGCCCAGUAAAAUUUAGUUCGGAACUAGAGGCUGGUCAGUGGCACAGACAGUGGACCGGCAAUUUAUACAAGGGAUCAUGUGAUUGUUCCUGCGUGUGCAAGUAUUCGUUAAAGACAUUGUUAUAAUUGCUCAUUAAGUCUCCUGUUAGAGGCAUAUCCAAGGGCUAGUGCACAUAAUUUAAAUGAUUAUAUCUGUACUGUAAUAUGAUCAGGUUUUAAAACGUUCCAGAAAAGGUUGACAAAAAAUGCUGCAGAUGUUUAGAUACAUACAAUAUGUAUGCCAUUUCAUUAAUAUGUGAAGAAAGUACUUCUGAAAACUGUGCUUGUGCAUGUAGCUUUCCCAGCAUAGAUAAUAGAGCAUUAUGUGCUAAUCACAGAGUAGUUUUUAUUCAUUCUUUUUCUUUGUUAUUCAUGCACAAGAAAAAAAGGAAAAUUACGAGAAAGAACCAUAUCAGAUACACAACAUACCAAGUAAAUACAAGUAUAUACAUUGAUUUAACUUUUGUUUGUAAUCAAGCUUAUAAAGAUAUAAAUCUAUACUUGCUUACAUAGUAUCAGACAUUUACAAUUCAUGUUAUUACUUUGGGCGUAUCUUCAAGCGGGUAAAUAUCUAGAAUUACCUAUUUUAUUUUUGAGCUGUGUCAGUGUCAUUCCAAUACAGAUAUGUUUCAGUUGUUUAUCAUAUUGCAUAUUGGGAUUGUAUCGAAGUUAACAGUAGUGUGUGGAAUAAUGAAUACAGAGUGCAGCAAUACUGUGAAAUUGUUUAUAUUCGUGGAUUUUAUUUUUCAGUCAAUCAGUGAAAAAAUAUUGCAACAAACAAGUAAAAUUAAGCAGCUGAGGUCACAGUCACAAAAUUGUAUGAUUACAAAACUGAAUAAUUUCACAGUUACUGUAAUGAAAAAAGUAGUCGCGAGUCAAACAGUGUCACAAUCUGUUGGAGUUCUGAUAGGACACUUAAGGACUUUUGGUGCUUUUUCUCCCUCUACAAAUUAUAGAUUGCUAGCUUAUGUAACAGCUUUAACCAUUAGAAGCAUAUACACAUUGCAUUCCACAUGUUAUAGUGUUCAUUUUAGGGUGAUGUAUGGCGCACCUUUAUAAACCCGUGUUGUACAAGAAACUCAGUUAUUUUGCAAAUACCUGCACAUAUGUUUAAACAGAAAAUGAAGCAAACUAUUUUACUAACAUAUGGUAGACUUUAAAGAUACAUGCAUAAUAUUCACUGUUUAUAAGUAUGUGAAAAUGUGGCAGAAAUGUUUUAAACUGUGCUAAUUUUCACAAAAUAUUCAAGGAAUGAAUGUGCAAUUUGAAUAAGAUGUGUUAUUUUGUUUUAGAAAAUUGAUGAGGAUAGUUAUGUUGCUUUUAAAAUAUUUUGUUUAUUGGCAGCUACACUGAACUUGAAAAUAUUAUUGCCUUAGCCUGUGUAAUGUAUUCAGGUCACAACAAUUUUCAAGAAAUAUUACCUAAUAAUGCUAGAUUAUUUUCAUAUCUAUUAAAAUCUCUUAAUUGACACUUCUGUCUUAUUCAUUAAAUUUCACAAGGGUUAAACCCUUAUUUUUAGCUCUACUGUGCAAAGUAUUGGAAAGCUAACCUACUUCCUCUUGUGUUGUCAUCUGUAUCCACAGCUUUCAGUUUCACUUUAUCUCUGUUAUUACUUGAUUGAUUUGCUUUAGACUUAAAAUAGUUGUUCCUUAUCAUCAUUUAACACAAGGGCCACAACUGUUGCUCCAGUAUUUCCUGAAUUAUGCCCAUAUUAACGCAUUUUCACUCUUUUAUUUAUAACUAAUCUACUAAACUUCCAAAUCAACACCCACAUCCAUGCAGGCUGAUCUUGGUCUGCACUGUUGCUAUUCAGUCUGUAAAUUUUUAGUGAGCUCCUUUUCGAAUAAUAAAUGGUACUGCCCAAAUUAAAUGACAGACCAGUCCAUUUUAGAAAUUUAGCAGGCUUAAGGUUUAAUGAAAGAGAGGAGUCAAGUCUAUUUUUUGUUUGUACUGGUAUUUGUCUUAUUUUUAACAUUAUAUUUUUUUCAGCUGUUUUCUGUUGUUAACACUGUCAUCAAUUAUUGUUAAAAGGUGUCUAAAUUGCAUUUGUGUUGAAGGUGUAAUUGUUUAAGGGACAUGCCUCUGGGUCAGUGUCAGUAUACCAACAAAUUUAUAGUAGCAGUUAAAUUGAAACAGAUAUUAGAGAUUAAAAAUGACAAACCAGACUUACUUUAUAUGAUAGAUAUAUUUUAAUGUGUAUGAUACUAGAUACUUCUCAAUUCCUUCUAUUUUACACAAAUUUCCAUAGAGUGACUAUUAUCCGCUUUUGAGAGUUGUCUUCAUUUUAUUGACUGAAAGAGUGUUAAAGAAAAUUAGAGAGAGAAAAACCCUAAUUGGUACAGAACCAGUUGAUAAUUUCUUUCUAUUGCAUAAAAACUGAAGUAAGCAUUUUCUGAAUUUGAAAACAAAUUGACAUAGAUCUAGAGUCAUGCAGCUUUAAAUGUUAACACGUGGACCUUCAUCUUUAGAUUCUGUAUGUAAUGUUAAUGCUGAAAAUCUGGGAACAUGUUGCAGUAAAUAUUAUUUAUCUAAUGUAAAUACUGUUAAUGAGAAUAAACGUAAAAAUUUACUAAAA